UUUCAAAUUCCAAUUUUGGUGGCAUUCCAUCAUGUGUCAGAAAACGCGUUUGCGUAUGCUCUUAUAAAUCUUCUUCUCCAUCAACCUCUCUUCACUCACAUCUUCAAACAAUGAUAAAAUCGUUACUCCUAACGACACUGGCUCUCCUUGUAUCUUCACCUUCAGCAAUCCGAAUCCCUCCUCCUUCCAUUUCCGACUACAACCAGUCGCCGGAAUACUCAAACGGAGACCAAUGCCAAAGCCUUCAAGCUUCAAUCUGCCAUCCUUCACUCAUUCACAUCGCCACCACUCUCGAUUUUAAAUACCUGCGAGGCUCAAUCGCAUCCGUCCAUUCAAUCCUCCGCCACGCCGCCUGCCCGGAAAACAUCCGCCUCCACUUCAUCACCGCCGAUUCCACCUCCGCCGCCGCCGAUCUAGCCGCGAUCGUCGAAUCCGCGUUCCCGCGCUUAUCCUUCAAGGUCUACCCCUUCGAAAAGGAAUCCGAGGUCAAGCAGCUGAUCUCUUCCGCCGUCCGCCCCGCCCUAGAGGAUCCGCUCAACUACGCGCGGAUCUACCUCUCGGAAAUCCUCGAUCCGUGCGUCAGACGCGUCGUCUAUUUAGACUCCGACACGAUCGCCGUCGACGAGAUCGAGAAGCUGUGGUCGACGCCGCUGACGAGAUCGAGAGUGAUCGGAGCUCCGGUGUACUGCAACGCGAACUUGACGAGCUAUUUCAACGCCGAAUUCUGGUCGGAUCGGAGCCUGUCGCGCGCGCUGGAGGGGAAGGGGGCGUGCUACUUCAAUACGGGGGUGAUGGUGGUGGAUCUGGAGAGGUGGAGGAGCGGCGGCGAUUAUACGCGGAGGAUUGAGUGGUGGAUGAAGACGCAGAAGGAGAGGAGGAUUUAUGAGCUAGGUUCGCUGCCGCCGUUGAUGCUGGUGUUUGGGGGGGAGGUGGAGGGGGUGGAUCAUAGGUGGAAUCAGCACGGUCUAGGUGGGGAUAAUGUGGUGGAUAGUUGCCGGAGAUUGCACGGCGGCGCGGUGAGCUUGAUGCAUUGGAGCGGGAAGGGGAAGCCGUGGGUCAGGCUGGAUCGGGGCAGACCCUGCCCUAUUGAUUAUGUUUGGGCACCCUUUGAUUUAUAUAGGUUUGCAAAGUACUCCUAGUAGAGUAUCAAAGCAUUUUUUAAUUCUUUUUGUAAAUGAAAAUGUGCAAUAGUAUUUAUUCUUUUUCCAACUCUAUAUACAAUUUGUUCAUUCGUUUUUAUAAA